UAUCGAUUAGAGGUGCCUGUCCUUCCUUCAAAUAGACUUGCGAUACAAGCAUCAGAUAUAAUACCACUACCACCACCACCACCACGAACUAUCGUUCUUCGCAUCAAUAUCACAGCGCUGUCUCAUUCACUCACUCCUUCAAGUGCAAGAGACUAUCAACAUUCUUUCCAACACUGUCGUCCUUGAUAUAGACGACUUCUUAUCGCCUAGUGGUCCCGACUACAAGACAGAAAGCUUCGCGCAGUCCAACAGUCCGGGUAUACUAACCCAUUGAUAUACUUAUCUUAAUUACAUCUAGCAGAGUAGAUCAGACUCUACUCGCUUGUGCAACCACAACACUUCACAAUCUCUACACUCACAAUGGACGCAACAUACACAAUGGCGCCGACAUCGGUGCAAGGGCAACCGUCCUUUGCAUACUACCCAGCUGCCGACUCGCAGCCCAGACAACACUUCACCAGCCACCCUUCAGAUAUGCAACACUUUUAUGGUCAAAUGCAACCGUUCUCCCACGCCCAACAACAACAACACCAACACUGUGUGCCAGAUCAGUCUCUCUAUACCGCUCAGUCUGUCAUGAACAUGCACCAGAUGGCUACGACGAAUGCCUUCCGGGGUGCGAUGAACAUGACGCCUAUCGCUUCUCCUCAGCCGUCCCACCUCAAGCCCACCAUCGUCGUGCAGCAAGGUUCACCAGCUCUGAUGCCUCUGGACACAAGGUUCGUAGGCAACGACUACUAUGCCUUUCCCUCCACCCCGCCGCUCUCCACAGCCGGUAGCUCUAUCAGCAGCCCGCCUUCCAGCAUCGGUUCCCUCCACACGCCAAUCAACGAGAGUUUCUUUGCUUUUGAGAAGGUUGAGGGCGUGAAGGAAGGCUGCGAGAGCGACGUUCACGCUGAGAUCCUGGCCAAUGCCGACUGGACUCGCUCGGAUUCGCCUCCCAUGACACCUGUGUUCAUCCACCCCCCUGCAUACACCGCCUGCCAGACCUCGGAGCUUCUGUCUGCCACUAGCUCUUGCCCAUCCCUGUCUCCAUCGCCAUCCCCUGUUGCUUCGACCCUGAUUGUCCAGCCCCAGUCCGCUCUUCCUCUUGAACAGUCCAACUCGGACUUCUGCGACCCUCGUCAACUCACUGUCGAGUCUUCAAUCAAUGUUGCUGAGUUGCCGCCUUUGCCCACUCUUGCAUGUGACGAGGAAGAGUCGAGGGUUGUCUUGGGCGGUGAGGCUGUAACACUUCCGGUUCACGAGAACCUCUCCCCUGUGUUCUCUUGCUCCUCGGAGGAUCCCCUGAGCAGCCUUCCCACCUUUGACAGCUUCUCGGAUCUGGACUCUGAAGACGAAUUUGUGAACCGCCUGGUUGACUUCCAUCCCAGCGGCAACGCUUUCUACCUGGGUGAGAAGCGGCAGCGUGUUGACUCCUACUCCCUUGAUGAGGAAGAGUUCUUCAGUGAGCAGAGCUUUGACGAAUCAGACGACCAGGAUCUGUCCCAGACCAGCCUUCCAUUCCUGGGUGGCUCCGAUUUCUCCGUCCAAGCUACUGUCAGUGACGCUGCUGAGGAGAUGAGAACGAAGAAGCGCAGUAACUCCCGCAAGUCACCCAAGAGAGCUGGCUCCGAGAGCGACGCGGACCCUCUGCCCAAGAAGGCACAGGUUUCCGCUAGUGAGUCGGAUUGCACAGCUUCCCAAGGAUCUUGCCAGACCCGCCACAACUCGGAUGCUAGCAUGUCUAGUUGCUCUGAUGCGCCGACUGCUCCGGUCUCCGUGAACCGUCGUGGUCGCAAGCAGUCGUUGACAGAUGAUCCUUCCAAGACCUUCGUGUGCACUCUUUGCUCUCGCCGCUUCCGUCGUCAGGAACACUUGAAGCGUCACUACCGCUCCCUGCACACGCAGGACAAGCCUUUUGAGUGCAAUGAGUGUGGCAAGAAGUUCUCCCGCAGUGAUAACCUGGCCCAGCAUGCUCGCACGCAUGCUGGCGGAUCCCUGGUGAUGGGUGUUAUCGAUACCAGCAGCACAUCCUCGCAGUCUCCUUUCGAGGAUCACAGCCCCAACACCAUGGGUGCGGUUCUCUAUGAAGCUGCCAAUGUCGUCGACUUGGUUUCGAAGCCAUCAUGAUGAUAUGACCAGGAAGGUACAGGUGCAUGGAUUAUUUUUAUUUUUGAGCGGUCCUUGGAGUCGA